GCUGCUGCUCUCCGUGUUCCUACUCUGUGUAACAGGAUAGCCACAACGGCGCUGAAUGGACGGAGGGGAGAGAUCUCCGCUGUUCGCGGCGACCUGGGGAAUGUCAGUUUAAAUGUGAGGAUAUAUGCAAACCUCUGAAUUGAAGCAGCUUCUACCCGCGGAUGGCAUUUUGCUCGCCUUUUGAUUUAGCUGCUUGCAAAAAUGGCUCUUUUGGAGCUCAUCGCAAUACAGAACAGAAAACCGUGCAGAUUCUAUCGAUUUUAAUAGUGACUUGAGGGAUUGAGAGAGACAUGAGUGAGAAGACCCACUUACCCUGAUCCUGAGCUAACUGGGCAGGGCUGAUGUUCGACCUUAAAGGCUAGUUAACCUGAUUUACAAUGGAAAAACUGCUUUUUUAUCUGCUGUUAAUUGCUAUGACAGUGAAGGCCCAGGUCUGUCCCAAGCGUUGUAUCUGUCAAAAUCUGUCUCCAAACCUUGCAACUCUUUGUGCCAAAAAAGGACUUCUCUUUGUCCCAGCAAACAUUGACAGAAGGACAGUGGAGCUACGUUUAGGAGAUAAUUUUAUUACAAUCAUUAAAAGGAAAGACUUUGCUAACAUGACCAGCCUGGUAGACCUUACAUUGUCAAGGAAUACAAUAAAUUAUGUUGCACCACAAGCAUUUGCAGACCUACGCAAUCUGCGGGCCUUACAUUUGAACAGCAACAGACUAACCCAGAUCACAAAUGACAUAUUUAGUGGACUUUCUAACCUUCACCAUUUAGUCGUCAAUAACAACCAACUAAUUGACAUUUCCUCAGAAGCUUUUAAUGAUAUUUUGUUGUCUCUUGAAGAGUUGGACGUAUCCUAUAAUAAUUUAAAAUCUAUUCCCUGGGAAGCAGUUCAGAAGAUGGUCAACUUACAUACAUUCAGCAUGGACCAUAAUAUGAUUGAACAAAUUGAUGAGGGGACUUUUUCCCAUCUUCACAAGUUGACUCGUUUGGAUAUGACGUCUAAUAAAUUACGGAAGCUACCACCUGAUACCUUGUUCACGAGAGCUCAGGUACUAGCCUACUCAGGACUCUUGAACCCACCAAGUUUUACAUUGAGCUUUGGAGGAAAUCCCUUGCAUUGCAACUGUGAGUUACUCUGGCUGCGCCGUCUUUCAAGGGAUGAUGAUCUGGAGACCUGUGCCUCACCUCCACAACUGACAGGUCGGUACUUUUGGUCUAUCCCAGAAGAAGAGUUUAUCUGUGACCAGCCGCUGAUUACUCGCUAUACGCAUGAGCUCAGAGUUUUAGAAGGUCAACGUGCAACAUUGAAGUGUAAGGCCAUUGGGGAUCCAGACCCUUCCAUCCACUGGACUUCACCUGAAGGCAAGCUCAUUUCAAAUUCAACACGGACAGCUUUAUAUAGUAAUGGAACUUUAGACAUCCUUAUAACUACUGUCAAAGAUACAGGCACUUUCACCUGCAUUGCUUCAAAUGCUGCUGGAGAAACCACUGCUGUGGUGGAACUUCAUAUAAUCAAACUCCCACAUUUAGUCAACAGUACGAAUCACAUUCAUGAGCCCGAUCCUGGCUCAUCUGACAUUUCUACUUCGACUAAAUCUGGCUCAAACACUAGUAAUAGUGUUAGUGACACUAAGGCCAAACCAGAAAAGAGAGUGGAAGUUGCUGAAACAUCAUCAUCAUCUGCACUUAUUAAAUUUAAUUUGCAACACAAUAUCCCUGGCAUCCGUAUGUUCCAGAUUCAGUACAAUGGUUCUUAUGACGAUUCACUUGUUUACAGAAUGAUUCCUUCCACAAGCAAAAGCUUCCUUGUCACUAACUUGGCUGCAGGAACGCAAUAUGACUUGUGUGUCUUAGCAAUCUACGAUGAUGGUAUCACUUCCCUCACAGCUACCAGGGUUGUUGGCUGCAUACAGUUUACCACAGACCAGGAUUAUGUUCGCUGUCAUUUUAUGCCGUCUCAGUUUCUGGGAGGAACCAUGAUCAUUAUAAUCGGUGGAAUUAUCGUAGCUUCUGUGUUGGUCUUUAUUAUCAUACUGAUGAUUAGAUACAAGGUGUGCAACAAUAACGACACACACAAGAUGACAAAGGUCAGCAAUGUCUAUUCUCAGACAAAUGGAGCGCAUUUGCAAAUGUGUAGUGGAAUAUUAACCCACUCAAAUUCGAAAGUCAUCAUGGGUCACGAAGAGAACACGCAGUAUCAUAAAGAUCCCAAAUCACAAUCUUCGGAUUCUACCAUGAGCCAGGAAUGUGCUACCACUACCUCCAUCGUACCACCUGACUGGACUACAGGUGUUACUGCAUCUCAAAAGCUGAAAAGAAAGGCUGGGCCAAAGUCAAGUGUCGAAAGACCAAUGGAAGCUUUCACCAAUGUUGAGACAUCCAAAAAGAAAAGGGAAAAUACUGCAAUUUUACAGAAGCCCUCCUGUGCUCCAAUUUCUCUGAAAGAGACUCCCACAUUUAGACGAGCACAUUCUAAGUCCAUUAAAUAUCUUACUCUGCCAGCAGAAACAAGCAGAGCUAAACGGAGAUAUUCACUCAAUGGAGAUUUAUCAGAGUAUCAUUGCUAUACUCAUUCACAAAAGAUUAGCAGCCUGUGGUCAAAAAGAAGCAUGUCAAUGAAUGGAAUGUUGUUACAGUUGGAAAACUCUGAUGCUGAUAGUGGGAAAGCCACUUUCUCAAGUUCUGAGUGGAUAAUGGAAAGCACUGUGUGACAUGUUAAAUAUGAAGGAACACUGCCUUGUAACAGUUUGGGAAUUCUAUGCUAGUCUUUCAGUUUGAUGGCAUUUCCAGCAAGGUAGGAAUGGAACUGGCUCAUGCACGCAAUUCUUUGAUAGAAAUCAACAGGCAGCACAGAAAGACUGGAAGGUAAAGCACGAUUUAGCACCAGUGCCUUAUCCUGCUUUAGGAUUGGCUUUCUGGUUCUGGAGUAUAGGAUAAAUGAGUGAAUUUAUUUUCACAGAAGCCUUUGACCAAGGAAAUAUGGUUUCCUGCAUCUUAAAGAAAAAAAAGCCUAUUUAUGGACUACUUAAUAAAUUGAUAUUUUUUAAAAAAUGAGCUGUAUGUUUCUUUUC